AAAAAUCUAAGGUAGUCGUAGACGAGACGAAGAACAGAACACUCGAAGAGCAACAAGAAACCCUAAUCCUCCGAUAAUGAUGAGAUUUGUGAGACCCGUCACUGCGCAGUUUUAUCGCCGAGGGAAAUCAUUUGGGUGUCGCGAUUUCUCUGCCGCGCGUAAUCAUCAGGAAGAUGAUGUUAUUGAAAAGGCCAAGAAGAUGGGAAAUGUGGAUCUAGCGCUCUUCGUGUUGUACGAUUUUUGUCGCCAUAGUGUCGGACUCGCUGUGGGAUCUGGUGCUGCCUAUCUUUUGAUUGGCACCAAUUCAGGAGAGGCUGCAGAAAUCGAAGAGGAGUGGAUGGAGAAGCAGCAGCUGCUAAAGAGGAAUGAAGAACUCUUGGAGAAGUGCAUGGGAUAUUAUGGAAUAACAUCUGCCAAACGACCCCAAUCUUCAUAACUCUUCAGCUACGAAAUAUUUAUCUGCUGAAACUUUUGUAAAAUCUCUCUACCUAUGUCUAUCUUCAUAACUCUAAUAUUGUAUGCUGACUGCCUCUACCUAUCACUCUGAGGAUAGGUUUGAGUUUCUGGAAAUCUUUUAGUUAUAUACUUGAGAAUUUCCCUAAACGGUUUUAGUUUGUUUGUUGCAUUAGCUUUGAAAGUUGUAGUAUGCAUUUGGAAGGGUUUGUUUUCGCACUCUUUUAA